AUGGCUAUAGUUGCUAUGGAGGAGCAACCUGAUAAUAACCUAGAAGAUCAGGGCUUUACACCAGAAGAAAAUAUUGACACCAAUAGGAAUGAUAACAAUGUGAGUGAUCAUGAGCCUCUGGUUAAUUCACCUCCUGCAGAAAAUGCUAGUGUUGAUGAACAACCUGUUUUUACUGAGGAUAUUUAUGAUCCAAGAAAUUGGGAUAAUCUUGAUAACAAGUCAAGGGACAUAUUAGUAGAGAAGGGACCCAUCAGAGAUGAAAAUAUUGAAUUUCCUUUGGAUACCAAUGGCAGACAUUUUUCAUAUACUCAUUACUCUAGAAAGAUGAGCAAUGAAGAAGUUUAUGAUAGAAAGUGGUUGGUAUAUUCAAAACAUGUUGAUAAAGUGUUUUGUUUUUCAUGCAAGCUUUUCAAUACAGAAAACUGCAAGAGUUCAUUGGGUCAUGAGGGGUUCAAAGAUUGGAAGCAUAUUAAUGAGAGGUUGAAAGAACAUGAGGCUAGUAUACAACAUAUUACAAGCAUGAACUCUAGGAAUGAACUGAGGGUGAGGCUUGGUAAGCAUGAAACAAUUGACAAAAACAUUCAGCAGCAAAUCACCAAGGAGAAAGAGCGUAUCAAGCAAAUUUUACAAAGAAUAAUUGCUGUUGUGAAAUUUCUUGGUAAGCGGAAUUUAGCUUUCAGAGGACCAAGUGAGCAACUUUACAAUGAUCAAAAUGGUAAUUUCUUAGCUUGUGUUGAGAUGAUUGCUGAAUUUGAUUUGGUUAUGCAAGAUCACCUCAGACGUAUUCAAAACAAUGAGAUUCAUUAUCACUAUCUUAGUCAUAAAAUUCAGAAUGAGUUGAUUUCUCUUUUGGCUUCUGACAUCACUAAAACUAUCAUAAACACUGUUAAAGAGGCCAAAUAUUUUUCAGUUAUCCUUGAUUGUACCCCUCAUGUCAGUCAUCAAGAACAAAUGAGUUUGUUGAUCCGAUGUGUUAAUACGUCUACUGGUAAAGUUGAAGAGUAUUUUUUGGGUUUCAUGAAGGUAGAUGAUACAUCUGGUGAGGGACUUUUUAAUUCAUUACUUGAUUCCAUUAAGUCCUUUGGCCUAAAUAUUGAAGAUGUUAGGGGUCAAGAUUAUGAUAAUGGAUCUAACAUGAAAGGAAAGCACAAGGCGUGCGAGGACGACUGCUUGAUAUAA